AUGUCGGACGAGAGCGCGGGCUGCAUCUCGCCCGCGCUGGCUCGCGCGUUGUCCGGAGCGCUUCCGGCUCGGCUCCGGAACUCCACGUGGCGGCUUCGGUACUCCACCAGACGCGACGGGACGUCGCUGCGGACGAUGUACCGCGCCGCGGGUGGCGCGCGGGUCGGGGAGCACAGGUGCGAGGAGAGCGUGCUGCUGGUUCGGACGUCUCGGGGCGAGCGUUUCGGCGCGUUCACCACCGAGCACUGGCGCGUGGCGCCGAGGUAUUACGGCACCGGGGAGUCGUUCGUGUUCGUGUUGGUACCCGGCGUUGAAGAAGGGGCCGGGGGGGUGUUUCCGUGGACGCAGAGGAACGACUACUUCGUCUUUGGCAGGAACGAGUGCGCGGCGGUGGGCGGAGGCGCGGGUUUCGCGCUGUGGUUGGACGAGGAGCUGGCGAGGGGAAACAGCGCUCGGUCCGACACCUUCGGGAACGAUCCGCUGAGCUCGGAGCACGAGUUCGACGUGGCGUGCGUCGAGCUGUGGACGUUCGAGUGA